AAAUGUCAAAGUCAAACAGUUGUCAUGGAGUAGGAUUUUCGUAAAAAAGUUCAAAAUAGCUUUACAUUUGUAUCAGUUUCUUGAUCCCAAUUUCAAUGGGUUCUUCACAAAGUUCUGAAGUGCCAGGGGGUGGUUCUGAGGGAUACCAUAUCUUAAGGGUCCAAGACGGUUCCCCUGGACAAAAAGCAAAUCUUGAACCAUUUUUCGACUUUAUUGUGGCUAUUGAAGACACUAGACUGGACCAAGAUAAUGAUACACUUAAAACACUCUUAAAACAGAAUGUAGAUAAAAAUAUUAAAAUGCGAAUCUAUAGCACAAAGACUCAGUCAGUGAGAGAGGUGAUGAUUACACCCAGUCAAAAUUGGGGUGGUCAAGGUUUACUUGGAGUCAGUAUUCGAUUUUGUUCAUUUGAAGGUGCUAAUGAAAAUGUCUGGCACAUCCUGGAGGUACAUCCCUCAUCACCAGCAGAAUUAGCUGGAUUAAGGCCCUUCUCAGAUUAUAUAAUUGGUGCAGAUUCCAUCAUGCACGAAAGUGAAGAUCUUUUUACACUGAUAGAAGCACACGAAGGAAGGGCUCUUAAGCUAUUUGUUUAUAAUAUAAAUGAUGAUAGCUGUCGAGAAGUGCAUAUAACACCAAAUCACAACUGGGGUGGAGAAGGUAGUCUUGGAUGCGGGAUAGGAUACGGUUACUUACAUAGAAUUCCAAUUAGAAGCAGUCCGCUUGUGCCAAAUCAAAAGCAGCAUGCACCACCAACACCAAUGGUUUCUUCUCAGAGUGCUAAUGUACACCAAGAUGCUUUAAUUACUGGUGUUCAAAAUUUGAAUGUUACAAAUGAAACAACCCCACUUAUAAAUGAUAAUCAGGGCAUAAAUCAGGCCGGUGCAACUCAAGUUUCUCAACCACCAUUCCUAUCUGGAGUACCUAUGGUUAAUCCUGUUUCAUAUACACCUUCCUUCACCAAUGAGCAACCAAAUUUGACAGAGUAUGUAAGCAUACAACCCAGUAUGUCGACACCACCUUUGACACAAACUCAGUCAAUGGUAUCCAAUAUGGCUGCCUAUUCAAGCAAUCUCGCUGAGACUACCUUGACUAAUUUGGGUAGUAUACCCUCAGUUUCGAACAUGCAGCCACCAGCUCCAUUACCAAAUUUACCGGGUAUUCCUAUGAACCAGCCUCAACCAUAUAUACCUAUGAUGUCUAACUACUCACAGCCUCAAGUACCAACUUCGAUACCUAUGCAACAAACCUCACCAAAUUUAGUUCCAACAUUUGAUAUGAGUAAUUUCACCCAAGCCCCCAUGCAGCCUCCGCCACUGAAUAGUGGUUUACCAGUAGUGACUCCAGUGUCACUGCCAGGAAUGCCCUCGAUUACUGUAAGUGCAACCCUGCCUGUAUCAACAAUGCAAGAAAUUCAUCAACAACAAGUUUCACAGCAGCAAGAUUUAUUAUCGUGAAUAUUUGUUACACUUAUAAAAAUGCCUUUAUAAUUGACAUUCUAGCACAGAUAUUCUAAAUAUAUAAAUGUAUUUAUAUAUGUUCAGUUUUAUAAUAUAUUAUAUGUAUGAUAAAAAUAGACUUUAUUUUAAUGUAUUAUUUGUUUGGCUGUUAAUAUAUUUUCUGUGGCAUUUAAUAUUUCGAUACCUCAGUGCUCAGUGGAAGUAAUCAUAAUAUGGCCGAAAUUUACAUUUACUAACAUAGUUUGUACUGUUAUUUAUUUUUAAUCUGUAUAUUUCAAAUAUCCUGGAAAAGAGACGGAAAUGUAUGAUAUUGUUAACAUAUACAGACAAUUAAUUGUAUGAGUGUUUCGUAAAAUAAAUUAAUUGAUAUUUUUUUCUUAUAAUUUGAUUCUCAUGCCUGCAUUCCCUGCACAACAUACUUUUAAGGCGUAGAUGACAUCGAAACAAACUAGGUACCCAUCUGUCGUUACCAAGCUUUUAAAAAAUAAAUCAGUCAAACUAUUAUUGUUAACCUAUGUUUGGAUAUUUCAGAAGUGAGCUCCGAGGUAUUGAUGUUUCAAGUUAUGUAAAUUUAUUAUUUUAAUAAGAUAUAUUAUCAAAUAGAAGAUGUUGAUAUUGAGACCUGUUUUUGCCUAUUUGUCAAUAUUCUGACUAAUAAGUUAAAUGUAUAAUAAUUUAGUAUGAUAAUAAAAUAUAAAAUUAC